GCGCGUCCCCGUUAUAACUUGCCAACCCAACCCUACAACCCCUUCCCUCCAUCACGCGCACCCGCCCACGUCCUCUUCGUCCUCCUCCCGCCGCCGCCCCCUCCACAGGUAAGAAGCAGAGGAGGCCGAAAUGGUGAAGCACAACAACGUUAUCCCCAAUGGCCACUUCAAGAAGCACUGGCAGAACUAUGUCAAGACCUGGUUCAACCAGCCCGCCCGCAAGCAGAGGCGCCGCAUCGCUCGUCAAAAGAAGGCUGUGAAGAUCUUCCCACGCCCAACUGCUGGCCCCCUUCGCCCCGUUGUGCAGUGCCAGUCUCUGAAGUACAACAUGAAGUCAAGGGCUGGGAGAGGCUUUACCCUUGAGGAACUGAAGGCAGCAGGCAUUCCAAAGAAGCUUGCUCCAACCAUUGGCAUUUCUGUGGAUCACCGCCGCAAGAACAAAUCACUUGAGGGAUUGCAGGCUAAUGUCCAGAGGCUUAAGACAUACAAGGCCAAGCUGGUUAUCUUCCCAAGGCGUGCUCGCAAGGUCAAGGCUGGUGACUCUACUCUGGAGGAGCUUGCCACCGCCACCCAGGUCCAGGGUGACUACAUGCCUAUUACUCGUGGUGAGAAGCGCUCGAUUGAGGUUGUGAAGGUGACUGAUGAGAUGAAGGAAUACAAGGCCUACGGUAAGCUUCGCCUGGAGAGGAUGAACAAGAAGCACCAAGGUGCUCGCAAGAAGAAGGCUGCUGAGGCGGAGAAGGAAGAGAAGAAGUGAAGCGACCAGACAUAGUACCUGUUUUGUUCUAUUCAGUCACUAGUGGAUGCUAUCAUCAAGGACUAGUUCUAAAUUCUGUUUUGAUGCUGGAAAUAGAGACCAGCUGGUCGUUUUGGUGGCCUCAUACCCCUUCUGUUUGAUACCUGACCCUUUUAUGUGCUUGCGAGAUUACUGUGCUUCCACGAGGUUGCUUAAAUUUCAUUAGCCAAGACGUACUGUUGAUUUA